AUGGCCAGCCAAAACCAACAGAAGCCCCUGCCCUUCCAGUACCAGUUCAUUGCUGGUGCCGUGGCUGGUGUGUCCGAGAUUCUGGUCAUGUACCCACUUGACGUGGUCAAGACCCGAGUUCAACUUCAGACCGGUGCCGCCACCGCGGGACAAGACCACUACAAUGGCAUGUUCGACUGCCUGCGCAAGAUCGUGAAGAACGAAGGCUUCUCCCGCCUGUACCGCGGAAUCUCCGCCCCGAUCCUGAUGGAAGCGCCCAAGCGCGCAACCAAAUUCGCCGCCAACGACAGCUGGGGCAGCUUCUACCGGAACCUGUUCGGCGCGGCGGAGCAGACGCAGUCUCUCGCCAUCCUGACGGGCGCCACUGCAGGUGCGACGGAGUCGUUCGUGGUCGUGCCCUUCGAGCUGGUCAAGAUCCGGCUGCAGGACCGCGCGUCGGCCGGCAAGUACAACGGGAUGCUGGACGUGGUGCGCAAGAUCGUCGCGGCCGAGGGCCCCCUGGCCCUGUACAACGGCCUCGAGUCCACCCUGUGGCGCCACAUCCUCUGGAACUCCGGCUACUUCGGCUGCAUCUUCCAGGUGCGCGCGCAGCUCCCCGCCGCCGAGCCCGGCAACAAGGCCCAGCAGACCCGCAACGACCUCAUCGCCGGUACCGUCGGCGGUACCGCGGGUACCAUCCUCAACACCCCCAUGGACGUCGUCAAGAGCCGCAUCCAGAACACCGACAAGAUCCCCGGCCAGGUCCCCAAGUACAACUGGGCCUGGCCCGCCGUCGGCACCGUCAUGAAGGAGGAAGGCUUCGGCGCCCUGUACAAGGGCUUCAUCCCCAAGGUCCUGCGGCUGGGCCCCGGCGGUGGUAUCCUGUUGGUCGUGUUCACCGGCGUGAUGGAUUUCUUCCGCAAGAUGCGCGAUGAGUAG